CUUAAUAAUUAAUUAUCUGGCCGGGGAAAAACAACUAAGCCGGCCUUCGUUCCUCCGAUCCCAUCCCCUCAACAAAUAAAAAUGCUUAUUGCCUUGAGAUCAAAAUACCUAAUAACUCUCAUACCAUUCCUCAUAUGUAUACUUGUCGUCUCCUCCGUCGUAUGCAUACUUGUUAUCCAUUUCUCAAGGCAUUCCAAUACCACCCACUGCAACCCUUCUUCCUGCGGGAGCAUCAACAAUAUUAGCUCCCCUUUUCGGCUAAAUACCGAUCCUGAAAAUUGUGGCAAUCCCGAAUACGAGUUAACCUGUGAACAAAACCGAACAGUGUUAACUUUAAAGUCCCAGAAAUACUAUGUCCAAUCCAUCAAUUACAAUAACUACACCAUCCGUGCGGUUGAUCCUGGUAUACAACAAAACAAUUUGUGCUCCUUUCCCCGAUAUGCAUUAGCUCAGUACAGUUUUGUUGGAUACCCAUAUCCAUAUAGCAUCAAACGUGCCAAGAUGACACCGGAUUCAAGAAUGGAGUUUUCCUUAAUUACCACGCCAGUUAUUUUCUUGAGGUGUCAGUUCCCAAUGAAGUCUUCUGCUUUUGUAGAAAUCACUAAAGAGUGUUGGAAUAAUAAAAGCAGUGACGACUCUUUUGGGAGCUAUGCUUAUGCUAAGAUAGGCCCCCUUGAUGCAUCGGAUUUAAGAAUUUCAUGCCGGGUUGAGCUCAUAACUAUGACUUCUUCCUUGCGAAUUCAAGAGAAGAAUGUAAGUAGUAGUCUUUUGGAAACCCAUGAUGCUUUGAUGUAUGGAUUUGAGGUAUCCUGGUUCCCGGCUAUUUGUCAACAGAAUUGCGGGAGUAGAGGGUGUUACCUUGACUUCAAAAAUGAGAUUAGUUGCUACCCAUACAUCUAUGGUACAUUAGGGGCGAAAAUAUGGUUUUAUUUUAUGAAUUUCCUCAUGCUUGCGGCUAUAAUCUCUUCACCAAAGAUUAUAAUUGGAGUUCCAUGCGCCCUUGUGUUUCUAAUUAUCAAAUUCCGCAGAAGGCAUCUAUCAGUGUUCCAACCAAUCGAAAAUUUCCUCAGCGCCGACAACAAUCUGUUGCCCAUAAGCUACUCCUACAGGCACAUCAAGAAUAUGACCAAAGCCUUCAAGGAGAAGCUGGGAGAAGGGGGCUUUGGUUCUGUUUACAAAGGACAACUUCGAAGUGGCCGCGACGUUGCAGUGAAGAUAAUAAGCAAGCCCAAGUCGAACGGCCAAGAUUUCAUCAAUGAAGUUGCUUCUAUGGGAAGGAUUCAUCAUGUUAACAUUGUUCGACUUGUUGGAUAUUGUGCACAGAAUUCUAAACGUGCUCUUGUCUACGACUUUAUGUCUAGUGGAUCCCUUGACAAAUACAUUAAUCAAGGACCUGAUGCAAGUUUGUUGAAUUGGCAAAGGAAGUUUGAAAUUGCAGUGGGAGUAGCUCGUGGGAUUGAUUACUUGCAUCGAGGCUGUGACAUCCAAAUUCUACAUUUUGACAUCAAACCGCAUAAUAUACUUUUAGAUGAGAAUUUCAUUCCAAAAAUCUCUGAUUUUGGCCUCGCAAAACUAUUUCCUACCGAUAAAAGCAUUGUAACGCUUACUGCAGCCCGUGGGACAAUUGGGUAUGUGGCGCCAGAGUUGAUCAAUAGAAGCAUUGGAGCCAUUUCACACAAGGCCGAUGUUUAUAGCUUCGGAAUGCUACUGAUGGAAAUAUUAGGUCUAAAGAAAAUCCCAGUUAAUGGGCAAGAUGAGUCGAGUCAAUACUUCCCGUCUUGGAUUUACAAUGAUAUCAACAAGGGCAAGGCAAUUGACAUGGGAGAAUUGGAUGAGGACGAGAAGAGAAUUACAAAGAAGAUGACCAUUGUCGGACUUUGGUGCAUCCAAACCAAUCCAAUUCCGAGGCCUUCAAUGAGUAGGGUAGUUGAAAUGCUUGAAGGAGAUGUUGAGCUGCUGCAAAUGCCAACUGAUACUUUUCUUUCGGAGCCAAUUAUGGAAGUGGAUCAAGAACAGAGUUCCAUGCCAGAAUCAUCUGGAUCCAUAUCAUUUUUGCCCAAUUCUGCUAGUUCCAACAGCAUAGGUAUAAUUGUCGAUUAA